AUGGUCCAAAAGAAACCCACCACAAGCAGCACAAGCGGCAGCAAGUCCAGCGGCGCCUCAAAGCUCACCACAACCCCCACCCCGCUGCUGACAUCCGUCUUCUCGCCCGCGCACCUGCGCCUGUCGCUCUUCGCCUCGACGAUCCUCGGUCUGGACGCCGUACGGCUACGCAUCCACGACACUGUGACUGGCCGUCUUCGCUGCGAGCACGCACUCGACAAGGGCGUGUCCGUCAACUCGCUCGCCUGGGGCACUGUUCCCAGUGCCGCUGCAGCGACCGCUGCCGGCGCAAAGAAGAAGCGCAAGAGGGUCGAUGGCGGUGAGGAUGCGGCGGCGGUGGUGGUUGCGGCGGCGACGAGUAGAGGAGAGGUGCUGCUGUUCUCGCCGAGUGAGGGCGUGGUGGUGGGUGUGCUCGAGGGCGGCCAUAUCGGUGAGGUGAGGCAGUUUGUGUUUUCGGGGGAGAAGGAGGAGGGGAGGGGGUGGAGUUGUGGGGUUGAUGGGAAGUUGGUGGAGUGGGAUUUGAGGAGGAGGUUGCAGAUGAGAACAAUCAACCUCCCCGACGCCGCCAUCCGCCGCCUUGCCUACGCCCCGCCCGAGGCCUUCACCGCCAACACAACGCCCAUCCACUCGCUCGCCACCUCUCCAGACUACACGCACUUCCUCUCCGCCGCCGACUCGGACCGCUUCAUCAACGUCUUCACCCUCACGGGCAGCACCAAGAGCCUCGGCGCCCUCGUCGCCGAAGCCGACGUCACCUCCAUCGCCCUCUCCCCCACCGCCGACCUCCUCCUCGCCGUCACCACCGACGGCCUCGUCGAGGUCUUCACCGCCCCCUUCGACCCCGCCGGCACCGCCGCCGCAGACGCCGCGGCAUCCCCAACCGCCGCUAGGAAGCGCAAGGCACUCACCAAGAAGGGCGCCGCCAAGGUGACGGUCAUCCGCCCCGACAGCAAGGCGCGCGUGGCCAUCGCAGACGCUUCCAUCCAGGGCGACGACAUCGUCGUCGCGUGGGUCGAGAGCGGCGUCAACAUGGAGUUCGAGAAGUUCCGCUGGGCCAGCGCAGAGUCGGGCGCCCUGGUGCUCAGCGGCACCGUCGAGAUUGAGCGCACGAGCACCGUCCGCAUCGGCGGUGGUGGCGCGGCCACGGGCUCGACGAUGAAUGGCGUUAAGGAUCUGGGGAAGGCCUCGGUCGACCAGAGUAAGUCUGUCGUUGUCGGCGGCACAGACGCGCAGGACAUUGGCAUGGAAGAUGCGCCCAGCGACGCCGAAGCCGACGCCGACGCCGACGACCUCUCCUCCUCUGACGAGGACGCCGCCAACCCCGCCCCCACCACCGCCGACGAGCCCUCCUUCGCCGAGAAGUUCCAAGCCCUCGAAGUCAAGACCCUCCAGAGCACCGCCCUUACCACCACCACCGCCGCCGCCACCACCGUCAAGAAGCCCACCACCGCCCCUGCCGCCGGCUCCCUCACCACAGUCCUCACCCAAGCGCUCAAAACACACGACACCCAGCUCCUCGAGUCCUGCCUCCACGUCACCGACUCCCCGUCCAUCCUCGCCACCGUGCGCCGGCUGAGCUCCCCGCUCGCCGUGGCCCUGCUCGAGCGCCUCGCCGAGCGCAUCGCGCGCCGCCCCGGCCGCGCCGGCUCCCUCGGCGUCUGGGUGCGCUGGACGCUCGUCGCGCACGGAGGGUACCUCGUCUCGCUGCCGGACCUCAUGAGUACGCUGGCCGGCCUGUAUUCGACGCUCAACAGCCGCGCGGGGGCGCUGCCGCGGCUGCUGGCGCUGCAGGGGCGGUUGGAUAUGUUGAGGGCCCAGGUGGAUUUGAGGAAGGUGAUGAGGGGCGAUGAGGAGGCGGGGGAGUCGGAGAAGGAGAGGGGGGUGCUGUAUGUGGAGGGGCAGGAGGAGGAGGGGGAGUCGGAGUCGGAGUCGGAGCCCGAGGAGGUGGGGAUGCAGGGGUUGCAGAUUGAGGAUGCGAGCUUUAUUGGUGGGAAGGUGGGGGGUGAGGAUGAUGUGGAGGAGAUGGAGGAAGAGGAGGAAGAAGAGGAAGAAGAGGAGGAUGAUGAGGAGGACGAAGACGAGGAUGAGGAUGAGGAUGAUGAGGAGGAGAAUGGCUUCUUCGAUAUCGAGGCCAGCGAGGCCAGCGAGGCCAGCGGGGACGAGGAGGAGGACGAAGUCGACUACGACGACGUCGACGUCCAGGUCCUGGACUCAGAGGAGGAGGAGGAAGAGCAGCAGAGAAAGAAGUCUGCAAAGAGCAAGAGCAAGAGCAAGAGCAGACGGUGA